CAGUACAGUACUUCGAACUCCGGAAUCUUGCAACAUCCCCGACACUAAUUGUAAACAAAAUUCACAAUGCUAGAAUCGUCAGCGGCUCGGUCGCGCGACCGAACUAACCAAGGGACGAAUGGUCGCGGCGGUGCGAAUGUUCCCGACCCUCCUCCGAGUCUAGCCGCAACUACGGAGCUUCUUCGGAAGUUGAAGCGACAGAAUCAUGACUUUGUCCGUGCCAACGCUCGGCAGGCGUUGCGGAUACGUGAUCUGGAGAACGACAGAUCCGCGGCAGCAUCGGCGAAAUUUGAGCUCCAAAGCGAGGUUGUGCAGCUCACCGCUGAGAAUGAAAUGCUCAAGGCGCAAUUAAAAGAUCUGAAGGAUGUCCGGAAGAAGGAAGACAUGGAGAAGCUUCAGGCUAUCAGGACGACUGUGGCUGGACUGGAAUCGACCGCGGAGGCACUCUGCCUGCAAGUACGGAUGGCUCAGGUUGAGAUUGACCUCUGUCUAACUCAGGACCACGGCGAAUCGGCAGCUCAUGGACAGGGCCGGUCGCCCGGAAAGUCGCCGGCGGAACGCCAUGAAUUAGUGCCAUCCAAUCCGCGGAGCCCUAGCAAAUCGCCAAAUACAGGACUGAAUGCAGCGGCUACGUGGGAUUCGCCAAAGAGGUCGGUCAAGAUCAAUGCAAAAUCAGUACCACAUUUGAGGUCACUCGGCAAACCGAACUGGGUACCGGCUCCGCACAUUGGCUCGAUUGGAGAGGAUGGGGAAGAGCCCGAGAAUCCCAAACCUGGAAACGAGGAAGUCAAGCGACAUGACAGCGCAAACGACAAGCAAAACAAGCGGGACUUAGCGCAAAUGACAACCAAAAGAAAAGCCUUACAGGCAAUCUCACCGAAUCGGUUCUACGCUUCGCCUGCAACACGAUCCACGACUCGCGCUUUCGUUUCCGAACCGAAGACUUCCGGACUGGGGUUACAAUCCCCGCCGCAGGAAUCGCGAAGUCCGGAAGGACGUGGCCGGAGACGCGUUCAAGCGAAGAGCUAUGCACUGCCAAGUUUGCGAAUUAAAAUGAGACAAGGCGAUGGCGUAACACCCAUUGGCGGCGCAAUAGCAAGUGCAACGACCGGACCGAAACGCGCGAAGGCAAAACGUACCCCAGCAAAGAAAAAGCUGCCCGCAGGUGUAACGACCGUCUCCGUACCGCUCUUAUUCAACAUGGAGACUCGAAACAGGACAACGUCACCUUUACCGCCGACACCACCCAAGGAUACAGCCCUCUAGGAGAAUAUUUGACAGUUGUAGUUUUGUUGUGUUCAGGGCUUGGCUCAUUCGGGGGAUUUUCAUUCCUAUUAGAACGUCCUUCUUGGCCUAGCACCGUGACGGAUGGGUUUAUCACGACCAUCCGUGCUUAUGAAACUUGGAGGAGCGCGUGAGAAAGGGCGUACUUAUAUCGAAUGGAGCGGUUUUAUGUAAUUGGAA